AUGAGGUGUGUGGUAGUUGAGGGUGUGGCUGUGCCUGCAGCUAUAGCUUCGUUAUUUUCUGAUCCUACGAAACGACCUUUCUCAUAUACACAGCCGUUGCCUUCACCAGUCGAUGAUCAUCAAUCUCAUAACAAAAGCCACUUAGUUGUUCCCAGUGUUUUGCCAUCUCUUCCACUGCAAUCAUCGAAAACGAUGCCGUUCAAUAAUAUUCAAUACAAUUCACCUAUGCCAAUUUAUUCCAGGGAAGCAGCAGAAGAACAAUAUAAACAACAAAUUGGAACUGGGCCUGCGAUUCCACUUAGCGCACCUGAUAAGCAUUUUGAUCCUGAAAAAUCCGAAACGCUUAAGGCUAUUCACCAAGGUGAAGAUAAUACCUUUGGCGAGCAUUUUUUUGAAAAAAUUGCUGCUGCUGAGGCACCGCACGUUCCCGUCACCAAUGAACCAUCGUGGACGCUUGAUGCGAAACGUCGAUCAGAACGAGCACGUUCGGUGACACCAAACGCAACGUUUACGUCUCCAACAUCGAUGUACCACGGUCCGAGUUAUACAACUUUGCAAAGAGUAAAAACUAGAACGCAUGAUUCGGGGAAAGAAAUGGCACCAAAACGAGGAUAUGAAUUCGGUGGUCUUGAUUUUGUUGAUAAAUCGAGAAUACCUCGGGAUAGUUCAUAUUAUUAUGAACCGCCUCAUACUAUAAAACAUGAAGAAAAAAGAUUAAAUAGAGGGUACGAGAUGGGAGGAACAGAUUUUACAAGAAGCGGAAUGGUUGCACCUUAUGGACCAUACCAUGGUCAUGGACCCGAACGACCAAAGCUUCAUUCAAAAUAUGUUGAUACGCCAUUAAAGCAGAACGAAUUGAAUAUCGAAACUGCGCCAAACGUAGAAAAGGUUUCACCAGAUAUAUUAGUUGGUGAUACUUUGUCUAAUCAACAUAUUUCAAAAAAUGAGCACAGUAGAGAAAUGGAUACUUUUGGAACAUAUUUUGGUCCAACGCCAGGUUUUAAAAGAGAUCAUCGCACUGUGGAAAGAAACAUAGAACCACCGCAUCCACCUGUUUUCAGUCUUUCCGCAAAGAAGCAUACUAAUGGUCAGUAUGGGAGUAUUGAUCGUCAAAGACAUCGCUAUGACCAUUUUUCACGUAAAGAAACCACAACUGCACCGUCAAACUUUUUUGAACACACAUCACAAACAUAUGCAAGGAAACCACGAUCGCAUAGCGAAGCACCACUCGAUAGGUACGAAUGGAACGAAGCCAAUAAUAAAGAGGUUACCAUUGAGACUCUCUUGAACGAUAAAGCUUUAAUUGCAAGAAAACGUGAAUAUACUCCAGACUGGCAGAGUCGUUCUCUAGAAAAACAAAAUCGGUGGAAGGAACGUUCUGAUCCUCGGCUUUUCCGACCCCAGAUGUAUGCAAAUGAACCAACUUGGUCAGAAACUGUAAGGCAAAGACGUGAUGCUUGGGAAUCCAAAGCCAGAAUCACAGAUGAACGCGUACAAUUGCCUCCUUCUUAUAAGGUGCCGCCACAGCAACCACCUUACUGGUACAAUAAAGCAAGUAAGACACACAAUAUUUGGCAACAAGAAGCCGAUAGACAAAUUUAUGCUGAAGAUGGGCAAACUACAGGAAAUUAUGGAAAGGAUAUGAUAAGCAAUAGUCAUCAAGACUACAAUAGUUUUACUUCGCGUACACAAUACGUUCAUCGCGAAAAACAGGACGGACCGCAUUAUAAUCAAUUUUCAGAACAUGAAGUACCAAUCACUCAAACCACUCAUAGAACUUAUUCUGCAAUACCCUACCAGAGGAAUUCAUAUGAAACCUCAUCGCAACGUGAUUUAAAUCAGCAACCAGCCGCAUCACAUUCGUAUGAUAUUCAAAGAACAAGCAAUUAUUACCGUCAAAAUCAACAAGCAUUUCCAACAAAAUCGACAAGUGCUACGGUAAUCAGCCAAGGAGCGGGAACGCACAUUGAUAGGCGUGCUGAAAUGGCAGAGGCACUUCCUCGAGGUACAAUAGCGAAUACUGAGGCAACAGCCGAAGGCAAUUAUUUAGACGCGGAUGGCAAACAUGUGAAUUAUAAACGCGAACUGACGACAAGUGUCGAUCCUCAUAUUGAACGAACGCUACUAAAAGAAGAAGAAAGUCGAAUAAUUGAGACUCCUCUUGAGCCGGGAAUUAUUUCAAGACAUAUAACAACAAAAUACUAUAAAAAGAAAACGGUGACGGACACAACAACAACAACAACGAAUGUGCAAUAA